GAAAAGUGUAAGCUUGCAGAUGUAUGGAGUCGAAACGGGAUCAUGCGCCCUUUGAAGCAUAUAAAGAGCAUUGUUCUUGAGCUUGAACGUUGAGGAUCAUCAGUAAUCAAUCCUCGCCACUCGGCGAACUUGCCCUCCUCAUUCACAAUCAUAGUUCCACUAUGUUACUGUCCAUUCUCCUUUUCCUUCCAGCGUCCCUAAUUUCUGCUGGGCUAUGCAGCCAAGUAAUUAUGCGAACAACAACUGCUGCCAUUGGAAAGAGUUGUUGCGAAGCAAUCUAUCGCGAGCAUCCCUCUAUGGUCUUUCAUCCGCCUACGCCGGAGUACCAGUCCCGUCUCAAGGGCUAUUUUAGUUUUCAACAACAAGAGCUGCUCCCCACAUGUCGCGUCAUGCCAGCGUCUGCAUCAGAUGUUUCCUGCGUUCUCCAAAUUGCUACGGCUAAUAACUGCCCAUUCGCCGUAUGUUCUGGUGGACAAAUGUCCUGGAAAGGGGCUUCAAACAUUAAUGGAGGAAUUGUGAUCGACUUGAGGCGAAUGAACCAGGUAGAUAUCUCAAGGGAGGAAGAACGAGUGAAGUUGGGUCCUGGUUCGAUCUGGGGCGAGGUUUAUUCCGCCAUGGCGCCGUUUAAUGUGACUACUUUUGGAGGUCGAGUCGCCCAGGUUGGUGUCGGCGGGUUUCUCCUGGGAGGCGGUAUUAGCUUCCUGUCACCUCAGAAAGGCUUUAGCGCGAAUAACGUGCUCAACUAUGAGGUUGUGCUCUCCAACGGAACCAUUGUCGAGGCAAAUAAAGACAUUCAUACCGAUCUCUACUGGGCAUUGAAGAUGGGCGGCUCAAACUACGGAAUUGUCACCCGAUUUGAUUUGCCUGUUAUCCACCUUUCAACAAUGUGGGGAUCCGUGUCCCAGUACCGCAUCGAUUCGAUUAACGCGUCAGAUGUGUUAUCGAACAUCCGCACACAGGACCCCAGGGACAUCACCCUACUAAAUCUGGGACAUGCCAACGGCGAGAAGUUAGCUUUUGCGUUUCGCGCAUACCUUGGUCCCUCUGCUCGGGAACCCCUCUCAUCCGCCAUUCCCAUCAUGCAUAGGGAAAAAUUGGGAAGCUUUAAUGAUGUUCUGAACGAGGUGUUCGACGGGGAUAAAUUCAUUUCUUCUUCGCGCGUAAGAUGGUACACCUUAACCGUCAAGUUCGAAACAGAUUUCUUUCUCGAUUUAUACGCCAAAAGUAUGGAGAUAUUUUCGGCCUUUAAGGGUCAGCCAGGUGUCCGUUGGGACAUCAAUUUUCAGACGAUUGCUAAAACUUUCAUUGAGGCGUCGUCUGACGGCCCCUCGUUUAAGUCACUGAAGGGAGCAGCAGAAGACCUUGUCUGUAUUCUCAUCCAGACUUGUUGGACAAAUGCUGCAGAUGAUGCCGUGCUGGAAGAGAACACUCAGAAACUUGGAGCUUGGGCUGAAAGCGAGGCUAGCAGACGAGGACUAUUAAACGAGUUCGUAUAUUUGAACUACGCCAACGAAAGGCAGUCUGUAUACGAGCGUUCGGUUGUGGGAGAGGACUUGGUAAGGAUGCAGAAGGUGAAGCAGAUGUAUGAUUCAGAUGGGACCUUUGACAAGUUAUGGAGUGGUGGCUUCAAAUUGCCAAAGACUACCUUCGAGGAACCUGUGGCGGUUCAUGAUAGAACUGAACUUUGA